AUGGUGAUGGCGCUCCUCCUGGUGCUGGUGCUCUACCCGCUGGAAAAGCCUCCACAAUUUUGGCGAAUGCGUGAAAUACUUGGAUGGUUUGGUUCUGAACUUCAGCUAAUAAAUAUUUAUGCUUCACUAUGCGAUCCUGCCAAGUGUUCUGUUAGUAAAAGUUUGGCCCAGAGUGGCUUUAGACAGGCUAGGAAUGAUACAAAUUUGAGAGCGUUGGAGAUUAUAUGGGGUACAUUACAAGAGGGGGUACAGGACAGGGUGGGUGCCCGGCGGCAUAUAAUCAUUGGGCACAAUUGCCCUAUGCUGCUAUGCAUUAAAUUAGAUACUUAUUUUGACGUGGGAUUGGGAUUUGAGAAUUGGGGAGUUCGUGUUAUUCAUGGUUCGCUGACUCUACGAAGGCGAAUGAUUUGGGCCUACUAG